AACGCAUAGCCGAGCCCGAGAGAGUGAGGAAGGCAAAGGGAAAUAGGGAAUGGGCCACUGUUUGUUGGUAGUGAAUAGCGAUACUAAUCCCCUCUCUCUCUCUCCCCCAUAAUGAAAAGCUGUCUAUAAAUAGAUUUCCACCCCAGCACGCACCUCUCAAGUCUCAAGUGUGGAGUGUGAAGGCAAUCUCAAUAAUUUUGGUCCUUCUUCCUGCUGUGUUGGAUAGAAAGAAGAAAGAAAGAUGGCAGCAUACAGAGAACCGAUGAACAUGAGCAUGAGCAUGAGCGAGAGAGCCCCGGUGUCACCGCAGGCACCCCACUCGCCGUGGCAUUCUCCGGUUCCCUAUCUCUUCGGGGGAUUAGCGGCCAUGUUGGGUCUCAUAGCCUUUGCUCUGUUAAUCCUUGCAUGUUCCUAUUGGAAGCUGUCUGGGUACCUGGAGGGGAACGGGGAAUCGGAGAGGGACCUGGAAGCUGGCCAAGGGAAGACAGACCAGGAGCAGAAACCUCAGAGAGUGUACGAGGACAAGAUCUUGGUCAUCAUGGCUGGACAAGAGAAACCCACAUUCUUAGCCACCCCAAGCGUCUCUUCCAGCUCCACCACUAGCAGAACCUCCUCCUUCGCCGACAACACCACCCCCUGCACCUGCCAAGACAACCCCACAUCGCUCCAAAUUCCGCCCAAACAGGGCUCCUCCCAUCACAACCCUUGAACCCAACCCAACGCCCUUUUCUUUUUUCUACCUCCUCACUCCUCACACCAUCUUCAACUCAUAUGGGGAUUAAUUCCUUUAAUUUAGAUCCUUUUUUACUUUUAUUUUUCUUUUCUUUCUCGUCUGUACAUUAUUUCGGGAAUGUAAAUUCGUUGAGGUGGAAUGGAUUAUGGAUUAUGGAUUAUGGAUUAUGGAUUAUGGAUUGGAUUGGAUGUUUCACAA